AUUCAAGAUGGAGGGGGGGAGGGAGACAUGCACCAGCGCAAGGACGGUCUGUGGUCAGUGAAAAAAAAACACUGUCUGGAACGGUCACUCCGGCCCAAUAGUUCGAUCCAGCCAACAAGUUUUGAACGCCGGGUCGUGGGCAUUGCUGCUGAACUGGACAGUCACAGACUUUCAAAGCCAGAUGCAAUCUGCAAUCCACCGAAGUCACCCUGGUCAAGCGCAAACCAGUCACUGCUGCUCACUUCUCGUACGAAGUACAAAUAUUACCACUUGGUACAGAAAUCAUUGUUGUACUGGGGAAAAAAAGGCCGCAAGAACACCCAAGUCGUCGCCAUUCCUCCGUUUCGGUCCAGCGUCAGACAGCGAAACGUAUUGCCGAGCGAAGCCUAAAAAAGACAGGCCACCAUAAUCCCUGUCACCACGACGUCAUCAUCGCUGACCCUCGCAUGCAGGGUCUCCCCCCCGGUCUUCCUCAACAUCUCGAACACCCAUCCAACGCAACAUUCGGACAAUCCACACCCGCUGCUACCGCCGCUUUCUGGCAUUACCACGGCGCUGCAUUAAGAUCGAAACAGAGACGAAAAAAUUCAAAAGAGCAAAGGCCGGGAUUGGUGUCAAAAGGAGAAACCCCCAGGCCUAGUAGUCCGCCCAUUACGAGCACCAGCGAUUACCUCCGUCCUUGCUUCCCAAUCGCCAGUUUGUCAUUCCACUACCUUCCACAGGCUCGAGUCCGAUUGUAAUCAGUGCCCGUCGCUCUCCGGAUCUCUCAAAUACCUUUUCCCACCUUAUCUUAAUAUACUGUUUGCCACCUGCACCUUACUGAACAUACUCUCUCCGCUAUACUAUACACCAACUCGUCCGAGAUACUCCCAACCCUCUUCGUUACCUAAGACACAACAAAACCACGCAAUCGAUCGUACCUGAGGUUCAUACAAGAGUAACGUUUCUUGCCUCACCUCCGCUUCAACCUCAAACAACAUACACACCACUUCAUCUCGACCGUACUUGAUGAACAGUCGGCCGAACACACAAUCCAACAACCCUUCCGUGCGCAUUCAACACUCGAGCCCUGCGCCCACGACGUCUACAACACAACCACCCAUGAUCGCCCAGAGUGCGCUGGUCGGAGGGUGGAACGACGCUUUCAACUCUGCAGGUUACUUGAGUGCGCUGCCAAAGACGUUUCAAGACGCAAAGUACCACAAGCGUGCAUCGUCGGGGUCUUCGGUGACAUCCCUGGGGCCUCCGUCGCCUCUCAAUCAAAACAACAUAUAUCCACACAUUGUCGCCACCACCGACUCAAAUUUUCCUUCUUCCUACGACUUCGAUUACUCUCAGACUCCCCACACGGCCAAGUCGGAUUCUGCCAUGAUCUACCCCCAGAAUUUCAGCGCGGUUGACAUGAGGAGGAUACAGUCACAAGGCGCCGACGAGCGUGCGUCAUUCAGCAACUUGUCCGCGCCGCAGUCCGUCUCGACGAUGAGUCACAAUUCUCCUGCGACGCCGCAUACAAGUUAUGAGCCAGAGUACGACGAGAAACAUGUCUAUGGUGAGGAUCCUAGCGACGAAGACAACAUGUUCGAGUACUUACAGUUUGAAGCAGGAUUUCCAACUCCGGCAUACCAGCAGUCGUUGCAAGAUGUUUUCCCCGACCAACAUUUCCCCAUGCCCUAUACUCAACCGCAGCAGAACCUGCAGAGGAUGAACCUCCAACCUCACCGACAAAAUGUGAUGGCGGACAGACUGCAAGCGGCGACGCAAGAUCAUCUCAGGACGAACUCACCGACGUCCGACCCGCGGGACAAUUCUCCGUUCCGUCAGAACUCUCCCUACAGCAUGCCUGCGCCCUCACAGCGGCCACGACCUCCGCCAGUCCUACAGAAGGAGCGGACGUCGAUCUCUCCCAAAGAGUUGAUGUUGGAUGAGCACGACGUCGACGAUCACGCUGCGCCGCUCUUUGGCGCAGAUCAAUCCAACUCGACAAACUUUGGCAACGCGAGAACCAUGGCAAACAUGCCGGCCUUCUACGCGCAGAUGUCGCACGAGGCUUCUAUGCCAAUCCCUCAACAAUAUCCCUUCUCCCUCAAUGCGUCUGGCCGGCAAAGCACGGGAAUGCAGGAUAUUACACCGGAAUUCCCAGCACACAUGCUCUCGAUGGAGUCGACCAACGAGGAAGGGCCAUCGGAGCCUUCCAGCCAACAGUCGCAGAAGCCAGUGGCCCAGCAACAGCCACGAUCUGCGCCUCAGCAACAGAGCGUCCAGCGCCCGACGGACACGUCAUCAGAUGCGGGAACUUAUUCUUGCACAUACCAUGGCUGUCAUUUACGGUUUGACACGCCUGCGAAGCUCCAGAAACACAAACGGGACGGUCAUCGACAGUCCUCUCCCGGGACGUCAUCGUCGUCACCCAAUUUGGCCUUGCGAAACUCUCAAGCAGGCCCGCACCGAUGCGACCGUAUCAACCCUAGCACGGGCAAGCCUUGCAAUUCGAUCUUUUCCCGACCCUACGACCUUACCAGACACGAAGACACGAUACACAAUGCACGGAAGCAAAAGGUCCGGUGCCAUCUGUGUACGGAAGAAAAGACCUUCUCCCGUAACGAUGCGCUUACUAGACACAUGCGCGUUGUACAUCCUGACGUGGACUGGGUGGGUAAGCAGAAGCGCAAGAGCCAUAAGUGAGGUUGAUUAUCCCGACACUGGAGGGCUAUACAUGGCCCUGGAUUACUGUGUAUGACUAUGGAGUAUUUUUCUCUUUCGACUUGACGGCAAUUUUGGGUCGCUUGUUACACAAGGCCUUGGCUUAGCAUACGAUGAUGACGAAAUGAACCAACAAAGCAAAUGAUAUGAAGUGAGGCUUUUUUUGAUUGGGGAACCAGCGCAGAGCGAAGGAUGAUGGAGCAAACCGCAUUUGCAUUUUCAAUGGCGCCGAUGGGGAAUUUCUUGGUUUCCUUCCAGAGAGAGUGUUGUACGGUAGAAUGGAAAUUGUUUUCGAGGCACUUACAGGUGAUUUGUUUUACGUUAUACUGGGAAGGUGGUUUUUCCUUUUUUUUUAAAACUGGACCUGGCACACGGAAUACACAAAAAACAAAGUGAUGAUAGUUGAUGGGAUGAUGACAAUUUUUCUUUCUUGUUAACAAUCAUUUUGUGGUCACGACACUUUUUUUUGGUUGAGCGAUAGACUGUACUUUUACCAUUUGGGCAAUUGGGAUCAUUGGAUUGCAAUGUUGCAUUUUUGGGGGGUGGAAGGAAAUGGGCAGCGAUGGCAUGAUCUUUCAAUCGAUAGGAGAUGAAUUGGCAUGGAGAUCGAGAAAGUGUCUUGAUGAUACCACCAACUCCUUAGCCUUGUAUAGUUAUUUAUUGGUAUUUAAAUUGAGAAGAACAAAAUGGUAAAUCGAUCGAGAUAUAAAUUGGAAUUGACUUUCAUGAUCAAGAUUGGGGGUUUUUUCCCCUUUACCGAUGGAGGGUGGACUGUUUGGUCAGGAGAGAGAGAGAGAGAGAGAUCAUCACACUUGUGGUAAUGUGUCGUGUGUCAACAUCUUUUGUGUGAAUGGUCCUUUUUUUUUCGCGUGUGUCGUGUCGUUCCGUGUCAAUGUCGUGAUAUCGAAUUGUAAAGGUAAGGCCUGGGGUCGCGUGGAUAGAUCACGAGUGUAAAAGGUGGUAUGAGGAAAGGGGGGGGAUGGUGGGAACGAUUGUUUGAGAUCUGGGUUUUUUGGGGGUUGUUUUUCGCGCGCUCCGUCGGGACAUCCGAAGAAAGAGAGAAGGGGAUUGGGAGAUUGGGCUCAGCAGGUACGAACGAGUACGAGUGGUAAGUAGAAGACAUCAUCAUUACUACUACAUGGAAAUUAGCUUGAAUUUCCAUUUCUCACAGCAACAUUUAGUCGUUUUUGG